GUGGGCCCUGGGCACCUCAGGAAUCUCCAAGGAAAUUCUAUUUCUUACCUUGAUAAGGAUAUUUGGACAACAUACCAGUGGGCUGAGAAACUAAAUCUCAGUGAAAAUUCCCUGACUGAAUUACGAAAAGAUUCCUUUAAAGGCCUCCUGUCCCUCCGGUAUUUAGAUUUAUCCUGCAAUAAAAUACAGUCAAUUGAAAGAGGAACAUUUGAUUCACUACCUUUUUUGCAGUUCAUAAAUCUUCGCUGCAAUUUACUCACGGAACUGAGCUUUGGAACAUUUCAGGCAUGGCACGGGAUGCAGUUUUUACACCAUGUAAUUCUCAACCAUAACCCUCUGACAACUAUCGAAGAUCCAUCUCUUUUUAAAUUACCAGCUUUAAAAUAUCUAGACUUGGGAGCAACGCACGUGCCUCUGACAGUCCUGGAGAACAUCCUCACCGUGACGCUGGAGUUGGAAAAACUGGUCUUACCGAGCCACAUGGCCUGCUGCCUCUGCCAGCUUAAGAGUGACAUCGAGGUUGUGUGCCAGACGGUCAAGCUGCGGUGUGCCGGCGCCUGUGUGUCCAACAUGACCCAGUGCUCAGCUGAAGCAGCAGCCCUGGGGAACGUGGAAGGGCCGUUCAUGAAGGCGCUGCAGGCCCGGAAGAAGACCACCAGCGCCGAGCUGACCAUCCAGCCUGCGCCGUCGUCUCCCCAGCAAGGUGGCGCCAUCUGGGCAGGCUUCGGGAACCAGCAGCUCGACUUCCGCGACGAAAGCGACGUGAUCAGUGCCCUCAGUUACAUACUGCCCUACUUCUCGGAGGGAAACCCAGGAGACACAGAGUCCAUGCUACUGCCGUUCAUUCAGCUGCUUUUUGAAAAUGUUCAAGAUACAGAAAAUUCCCUGGCUUCUUUUAAAAAGAAUAUAAGGAAGUCCUUUAUACCCGACUCCAAAAAUCUGAUUUACAAAAAUAAACUGAAAAAGCUGUAUUUUCUCCGAAAUUGGUUGGAUGCAGAAAUUCAGAAAAAAAUCAAAGAGGUUAAGAAGGAAGAGGAAGGUCUCGUCCAUAUGCAGUCCAGCAUUUUGGAUCCCAAGUGGCAGCCUCCCAUUUCUGCCGAAAUACAGGCAAAGGCUCCAGCACAGGAAGAGCGCAUGGCUGAGCACCGGCGGGAAAGGACAAGGUUGCGGGCCGCGGACAGGGCCCUCAGGAACUCGGAGGCCGCGCGGACGAAGCAGCUCAGGCACAGGCGGGCCGCCCGGACCCUCGCAGAAGCAUCGCGGUCCCCAGGGCCACGGAGCUGGAGCAGCGGCUCGGGGGCGCCGGGGCCCGGGCGCCUGGCCCGCCUCCCCGCGGCCGCCGCCGGCGGGCGACCUGCUGGAAACUCAGCUGAACCAGCGGCUGCAGCCGAUCAUCGCCGACGACGACGUGCGAGGGCUCGUUUCCCACGUCAUCCUCACCUGGAGGACGGACUGCGCGCAGCCCCACGCGCCCCGCGCCUGCGCCCAGCUCGUCUCCAGGACGCGCCGCCUGCUCACGCUGCUCAGUGCGCAGCAGGAAGCCAGGGUGUCGCAGGCCCAGAGGGAGCUGGAGCUGUGGGGCCGGGACCCCUCCGCCAGCGAGGGCGCGGAGGCCCCGGGCCGGCAGCCGGGGCCGCAGGAGCGGUGGACGUUCAGACAAGAGCUUCCGGAAUGCGCUUACACCUAUUUAUACAUCAUCCUGGCAUUAGCAGUCUUGUCCGUGAUACUGAUAGCUGUCAUCGUCGCCCUCUUUGUCUCGAAGAGGUGCCGCUGCAGAGGAGCCUGGGUGAGCGAGCAGGAGUCCUUGAGGGAGCUCGGCGAAGAAGCGCCUCCUCCUAAGUUGGCCAGCAAGAGCAAGGAGGUUGCCCAGGACAGUGACGAGGACAGCGACAGCUUAGUGGAGGUGCCCAUCAACUGACCCGCCCACUCCAGUGACUAGCAAAUUUUAUUUUUCCAUUGCUAAUAAAAGUGAUUUUUCUGAAAUAUAAA